AGAGCCACCCGUGGUCGUGGAGGAGCCAAGUGGGGCCCUGUUAGGUGACAGAACCCUGCUGCAGGCCCUGCACGAAGCACCUCCGAGUCUGGGCUACCUGCUAGCCCGAGGCCGCAGCAGGCCUCUCAAGGAGGUAAAGCUGAUGAAUUGCUCCAGUCUCAUGAGCAAGCGCUAGAAAAGAUGCGUCGUGAAGUUGGCAUUCGGUAUGAACGUCCUAUCCGUCCAGGGUUUGGCACCCUCGGAGAAUCGGUCACACUGGUUGCCAACUUCUUCGCAAUGAAGAUCACAAAUACACAUAUUUAUACGUAUCAUGUGAAAGUCGAACCGACCAGGAACGCCAAAGAUGUUCAGCGUCGUCUCCUACUGUUACUUGAGCAGACCAAUAACCUGACUUGGCAAAGUGUCAGGUCCUUCGUAGCAUUUGACGGGAGAGAGACGUUAGUAUCUUCCAGGGAGUUGCCCCAACCCAUGCAGAUUUCUGUGAGGUUCUUCGAAGAUGGACAGACGCCUGGCCCAAACUUGCCAGAAUAUACUGUCUCCCUCGAAUUGCUUCGCAAAUGCGAUGUUAGCAAAUUCAAGCAGUAAGCACUGAGCCACGAGACGUGCCUUGUUGCGUUAAUUUUA